CUUUCUAAAACAUCGCAGUAAAAUGUAUUAUAUCGUACCGUGAUUUAUUAUUUAUUUUACAUUUGGUAUUGUGCGUAAUUAAUUAUUGUAACGUGCAAUUUUAUAACAAUUACAUUAUCUUUUAUAUCGCAACCACCAUUUUUAGUUAUAUAUAAUUUUGCGAAAUACAGAUUUAUAUUAGUUUUUUUAGUGCGCGUUAGUCAAACUGUUUCUAGGGUAUAAAAAAAUUGUAGAUAGAAUUUAUAGCGUUAAUCGCGCAAGGAGACCAGUCCGACCGCGCGUAUUUUCCGCUCUUCGAAUCGAAUUUCCCGCCUGCGGAUGACGUCAUUUGCCAACAUGGCGUCGCUCGCUGAUAACUCGCGUCGUAGUCCAUCGCGGCGCGACGUUCGCGUAUCCGGGGAAAGUACGCGCCGCGCUCUCGAUGACACAGCGGGUGACGUGAGAUGUCGGGACGUGCGUAUGGAAAGAAGGUGGGAGGGUGGUAAGGUAGGGGGAGGAUAGGAGGGACGGCGAAAAGGUAAAGGUUAGAAGAGGUUAUGAACUCUAACCCGUGAACGAAGCCUGGUAGCCAGCCCGCUGGUCCUGCUGGUCCCGAUCGCGCGUCGGCACGGAUCAGUUAUCGCCGCUGCUAGCCGCGAAGAGAGACAUGGACAUCGAUCCGGCUGAUCACGUUGAAAACUUACACGACGACAAGCCCGAGAAAUUAGGAAGGAAUUUUCAUAAUUUAGGGCAUCACCCAGCUAUGAGAGACGUGGAUAGGGAUCAAAAUAAUCACGUUGAUAGUAUGCAUGAUGAUAAGAUGGAUCACAAGAUAGGGAGAGACUUUCGCAAUCUCGGUCAUCACCCUGGAAUGGUUCACUUGCACUCUGGCAUGGAGCAUUUGACUAACGUUGACGUUGAAGUGAAAUUAGCGAGGGACGUUCGCGGUUCGUUAGGCUUAGGAUUGUCCUUAGAACUUUGUGUAGUCUGUGGUGAUAGAGCUAGUGGUAGGCACUACGGAGCAAUCAGCUGCGAAGGUUGCAAGGGUUUUUUUAAGCGCAGCAUUCGCAAGCAGCUGGGCUAUCAAUGUAGAGGAAGCAAAAGUUGUGAAGUUACCAAACAUCACAGAAAUCGUUGUCAGUAUUGUAGACUUCAGAAAUGCUUGGCGAUGGGCAUGAGAAGUGAUUAUUUUACUGGUGUUGCAGCUGUACAACACGAAAGAAAACCGGUAUUGGGCGAAUCGGCCGCAGCAAAAGUUGGUAACCGUAGCCCUAGGGUAAAACCAGAACCGCAACAAUCCGUUCCCGAAGUACCGCCAACUUGGGAGCAACCCGAGAGCCCCAGCAUGGAAGACCAAAGUAGCGAUAGUGAUGCUCUCAGCGACGCUUUGACCUUAGCACGCGAACGUUUACUCCUUUCCCAUGCAUUAGCAGAUAGCAUGGCUAAAAUCAUUGGUGAUAAUGUUAACGGUUCAAGCGAACCAGAGGAAGAAUGGACCGGCCAAUUAAUCUCCGAGCGAAAUACGUUGUUCGAAUUGAGGGCGCCUAGCCCAGCACCCGUGUAUUUAUCUAUUCACUACAUAUGUGAAAGUGCAGCUAGGUUACUAUUUUUAUCUGUACAUUGGGCGCGAGGUAUUCCGGCAUUUCAAGCUUUGCCAUCCGAAGUUCAAACUACUUUAGUUCGAAGUUCCUGGGGACAGUUGUUUACAUUAGGUCUGGCACAAUGCGCAUACACCUUAUCGCUUCCCAGUAUUUUGACAUCGAUAAUCAAUCAUUUGCAAGCUAGUAUCGCACAAGAAAAAAUUACCGCUGGCAAAGUAAAAUGCGUUACGGAACAUAUAUGUCGACUGCAGGACUGUGUGAGUUCACUGCACAAGUUGCAAGUGGAUUCCGUCGAAUACGCGUAUCUUAAAGCUUUAACGCUUUUUAGCGCCGACAACGUUCUAGCAGGCAUUUGGCGUAAGAAAGUUGAAGUUUUGCAAGAAGCGGCGUGGACGGAAUUGCAACAACGCGUAGGUUCCGAUAGAUUACCUCGUCUUCUGUUGAGGCUAGCGCCUCUCCGCUCGAUUAACCCUAGAGUUUUGGAGGAUCUCUUUUUCUCGGGUCUCAUUGGCCGAGUAAGCGUGGCUAGCGUCGUGCCUUAUAUUCUUACCAUGCAAGAUUACAAAACCGAACCGGAGAGUCACGCGGGGUGACGAAUACUAUCGUUGCGAUGUAACUCGUGACCUAAAAGAGUGAUAUAUGCAAAAAUGUUGGAUGCCUCAAACGUUUUCGCACAACAAAAGCGCUCAUUCAAACGUCAAAUUAAUUUUUAUUUUUUUGCAUUUCCCCCUUUCUUUCGAAUAUUUGCACAAGAGUAUAACGAGAUAGUUAUGAAAUGCGCAUAAAUAUGAAUUGAUUAUAAAUGUAAGUAUUUCUAUGUAAUAAUAAUUGUACAUAUAUAUCUAUGUCUAGAUAUAUGUACAUACUUUUAUGUUUAGAUCAUAGAUAUGUAUUGUAUAUUAUCAGUGCAGCAUCUGAUUGUUUAUAAUAUUGAUUUUGUGUCCAAUAAUUUUUUAUUUAUUAUAUAGUAAAUGGAACAUUUACAUACAAAACUUUCCUAGAAUAUGACUUGACACUUUGUUGAAUUAUAACUUUCAAGUGAGAGCUUAAAUAAUGUUCAUUGAAAUGAACAGUUUGUGAAAUGAUAAUCAGGGAAUAUUGACAUUAUUACACAUACAGCUUGUUGAUAGUUAAAUUUUUUUCUGUUUUGCACACACACAGUUAAAAAUGUUGAAAACUUACACUUCGGAAUUAAACUUACGUUCAGUAAAAAAAUCAGUUUUAUAGCUGUUAUAAGGAUCUUGAAUAUGAUUGGGUUUUUGUUUGACAAUUGGCUACAAAUCUAAAUAUAUAAACCAGCUUUUGAAAUUUCACGAGAUUGUCCAGUUUCGAAUUUUUUCAGUCACUUAAAAUUCAUUCGCCGAUUUUCAUCUAACUUUAAUGAAUAUAAUUUUUGACAGGUAUUAAUACAAAAUCUUACACACUGAAAUGAGAUGAAAAUCGACUUCAACAAUCGACAAGUAAAUUACACUAAGUUUUCACAUUGAAGAAAAAAAUUAGUAAUAAAAAUGUAAGCUUAUCAAUGUAAAAACAAUUAUUAAGUAUUAAAAAAGUCACAACGAGCAAAUUAAUAAGGAUGGUAGCGUUUAUUUUUCAUAAUUAAAAAAUUUAAUAAUAAAAUCUUUGAAAAGAAUUAAUUCUUUUCCACGAUAUUAAAUUUUUUAUUUAUUAAAAAUAUACGCAUCUUUGUUGUAGCCUUUAAUUUGCUUGUUGCGGCCUUUUUUGAAUUAUUAGUUAGAAGAAGAAUAAUUAUUAUCAAUGCAAACAAAAACCAAGACAAUUCCAACAAAUUUUGCGCAAUGGAAGAAUUGUCACGUUUAGCUUAUACUUAUAUCAUUUUAUUUAUGAGAUCAUAUUCACACUCAGACAACAAUAAGCAGACGAAUUCUGCGAAACUGAAGAAAUUCAAACAAAGGCACCACGAUAAAAUUUACAUUUUCCGCUUGAUUGCAAUGUAUUAUCUUAACCUUCGAGUGCAAUUAUUGUUUUGUUAUGAAAAGUAUAUAUGUACACAUACGGUUAUAAUUAAAAAUACAACAAUAUUAUGUUGUUGCAUUUUUAAAUAUCCAUGUAAAAAAAUGCAAUAUCUCGAAAAUGGGUUUCUCCAAUCUGUGAUAUAUAAUUUCACAGGAAAGUUUUGUAUCGGCACAUUACUUACACAAAACGUAGAAGGCAAUAUGAUAUGUUUAUGAUGUAUUAUUAUUAUCAACAGUCUGUUGUGAAAAUAGUCUGUUGUGAAAAUAUUUAGUCUAUUCUACAUGUAUACAUGCAGAAAUGACAAAUUUUGUUUUAAAACGUUCGUAAAUACGUGAUACAAAUUAAAAUUAGAAAAACUUCAUUGUUACUUGUUUACAAUUGAAACGUUGAUAUAAGAUAAUGCGUAAUUCAGAUUUCCUAUAACAUAAAAAAGAAAAGUUACAGCAUAUUUUUGCUUCUGAUAUACAAAUCAAAGUUUAUGUGCACAAAUUACUUGUUACUUGUUGGGAGUGGACAAUAAAACCAUAUUUUUUGUAAGAGAAAAGCGUGAAUACUUAAUAUAGUUAAGACACAUAUAACAAUUGUACAUGAGUUACUUAAUAGAAAAUGUAAAUUUCGUAUUGUUAAUAUAUUGUAAUUAUCGUAUUGUAAUUAUAUAUCGUAAUUAUAAGAAGAUAUAUAUGCAGUACUUCAUAUAAUAUUUUUAAUGGUUCUGGAGACGUAAGAUAAUAUUAGUAAUUUUAAGUUAUAUUUAAUAUCUUUAUCAAUUAACAAACCAUCGAAACAUUGCAGCCUUAUAUCAUUUCAUAAAUUUUUGAAAAAUUAUUUUUAAGAAAUUUUUAAGAGCAUCACUAUUAAUUUUUAUUAUUAAAUAACUAAAUUUCUUUUGCUGAAACUUAUUAAGUUGUAAUGAUUUUUCAACAAUCAAUUUCCCAGUUCCAAACUUUAAUACUACAGGCUGAUAAAAAUCAGACAAUAUUUAAAUGUAACGCAGCGUCAAAGAUUAAAAUUAUCUGAACAAGGUACUAUUUCGCAAUAAUGAUAACAUAUUAUUAUUGUGAUUAUUAAAACAAUGUGUAAUAGAGAUAGGAUUUAAUUUUUUGAUAUAUUUGCUGACAAGGUAACGAAUAUUUUUUCUAAAUAACGUUCUGGAAUAAUAAAUAAGAUUCUGGAAUUUAAUUGCAGGAUUAAUUGUUAUAGCUUGACAGUUUAAACGAAUUAUUGGAUCAUCUUCGGGAUUUAAGUGCUUUUUGCGUUUCAGCUUUACACUUUGCUGUUAACGCUUGUAUAUUAUUCAAAUAUAAGUUACGGAAUUACCGCAACAGCAUUUAAAUUUCGGAAUGCAUCCUUAAAGAGACAAUACGUUGAGAUAUAUUUCGCGAAUGUGCACAUUACAGAAGAAAUUGUAUAUACGUGUAAGAAUGUGCCUACAUAAGAAAGAUAUUUAUAUGGGCGUUAAGAAUUUUGUAAUUAUUGUUAUUUAAGUAUAACGGAAUAUAGUUAAAAAAUCAGAGAUACCUGAAAAUUUGUUGCAACGCAAUUUCGCUACAUGGAAAACGCUAUGUACAUACUUAACAAACAUACAUGUAUUUAAAUGCGUCGCGAAAUAACAUAUAUUUACGAUACUAAAUAAACAUUACUAGAGGACAGA